AUGAUAUGUUGCAAAAAAAUAGCUCUUGCGCCUAUAUUAGUGGAGAAUCUCAACAACAAGAUCUACCAUGACCUCCACCGCCCAUUGUAUGUGGUAGUCCAAGAGCGUAAAUUCACCCGUAUCUGGUUUGUGAUUUUUAAGGAAUUUCCUCAAAGAUUUUUGAAGGGCAUUUCGAAGCCACAUAGAGGGGGCCAUUUCUAAAAAUAUGGAUCUUCAAGGAGUACUUCAAUAAAGUUAAGCUUUCUAAUAAGGGAAUAUGAUGACGAUUAUGAUGGAGUAUCCCUGAUUAGCAUUCACAUGCAUCAAAUAAAUUUAUCAAAACAAUCGGCAAGGAAGGAUGAAAUACAAGAGGGUUAAAGGUGAUUAUGGAGCAAGAUGGUUGAUAGGCAGGUGACGAAGAUGUUUAUGGUCGCAUAUGGAUUUACAUGUGACAAUGUGCGCUGUAAUGGUUUCCAAACCGGUGAUUGAGAAUUGGGUAACAAGAAAUUGUGUGG